UUGAAACAUUCUUCUGAUUGGCUGCCGGCAGGGGUAAAAGGAAAAGCCCAGAGCUUGACUUGUAAUUCCUUAGCGCCACAACAGCCUAGGACACAGAAAGUACCUGCUUCUGCUGCUUCUGUGGAGUGUCUUGAACUUGUCCUCUCCUCGGAAAACAGGAUGGCUGGAGCCAAUAUAAAGCCAUGCUUGUGCAUGGCUAAUGCAGAUGAUGAUGAUGUGGUCAUGCAUGACGCUGACUGCACUUAUCUUGAUGACAGCCUUUUAGAGACUGCUUUCAUUGAAGACGAGGAUUCUGACACUGCUGAUGUUCUAGACCUUCGCAAGGUCAUUGCUAGUGGCCCUGUCUUAGAUGUUUCUGAUGACAGUGACCCUGUCUCAGCCCCUCACGAUGAUCACCCAGCUGAGGCAGAGAGAACAGUGGUCGUAUCAGCUGACAAGAUCCUGACAGUGCACUGCAUUAAUUCAACCUUAUGGGAAGCCCAGCUGGAUGCAUACAUGGUGGAGAUGCAAGAAACCAAUGCCAAACUACGGCAGCGUUUUAUUGAGGUCGAGGAGGAUAAAAGGCAGGCGCAGCGGAGGGAUAAAGAAUGGAGGAGAAAGGCAGCGAGGACGGUCCCGCCCUCCCCCUUGGCGCCCCCCAAGCUCUACCUGGGACCCUCCAGGGUCGAUGACAGUGUUUUGUUGCACAGCCCACCGCAAAGUUAUCCCGCUGUGACAUGGAGGAAGAAGAAGAAGCCCAGGAAGAACAGAAGGGAGACCAGAAGAACAGUGAGGGUGUAUUGAGGGAACCUGCAAGACCACGCUGCUUCAGUUACAGCUUUUUGGUAUGGAGGCGUUACAGAUCUUCUCACGACCCAAAGGAAGUUAAGGCAAUCCUAUCUGGGCAAAUGAAGGCACAAGUAACCCCUUAGGGAUGGCCUUCAGUAUGUUGUUUGUCAUGUUCAGUUUUUUCUUAGUGUUAUUUCAAGUUCUUUGUAAAUUGCCGUGUUCAUUGAAGAUGUUUAUUUUUCAGCAUUUAAAUACAGCAUAUAUAUAUAUUUUAAUAACUUCUCAUGUCAUGGGUCUGAACUUUAAAGCAGACAACAUUUUCAGUAAAGCUGAAACUUAACUUAUUUACGUUCUCAAAAUAAAAGAGAGUAUCAAAGGACAGA